AUGCAAGAAACCCCUUCUCCGACCUUCUUCAACGUUCCUUUUAAUUUAUUUAUCCGUCUUUGUUUUCUUCAUUUCGACCUCCCGCUUCCCAGUCAUACAUCGACCGACUUGCUUCACCCGCUCAGCCAUGCUUGGUUUCAAAUUACUUUCUGUUGGAGACGAUGGUCUGGCGAGUUGACUCCUGCUUCGAUCGUCUCGUGUUUCUCAUUAGUUUUGUGUAUAAAACCACAAUUUCAGAAAAUCAAAUCAAUGACUUUACCUGCCGCAAGAACAAAGGGGAAGCAGAAAACACCGACUCCACCACACCGGUUGAUUUCGAGUGCUGAGGGAGGACAUCAUAACAGAGAGCCUGAGCCCCAUAUAAUUAUCCCUUCAGCUGCUUUUGCUGGAUCCAUUAUCAGCUUCAUAUUAUGUCCAGGUACUGAUUCUCUGGUUCCAACCUCACGCAAAUACAGUGGUCCACUUAAUUGUGCGAUUCAAACUAUAAAACCCGAAGGGGUCAAUGGGCUUUUUAGAGGAGGAAUUGGGAUCAUUAGUGGUGGUCUUAGUGGUAUCGUGGACAGGAAAUUGUUGAUCGCUAUGAUGCUGAGUGCGCACCAACGAGCUCAAGAAGUGAUACAGUCCGCUGCAGACAAAACCUGUAAUAGAACCCUCUCUGUACCAAAGCAUAUGAAGCGACCUAUAUAUGUCUAUUAUCAGCUUGACAACUUUUAUCAGAAUCACCGAAGAUCUGUUGAUGUGUUCUUGAACCAGACAAACUCGGUGUUCAGUGAGGUGUUAAUGUUAUGAUGGUGGAUUGAUAGGCCAAUGCAGCAUCAGGGAUGGCUGUGCAUGAUGACUGCAACCUAAAGUUUAUGGACUUGAAGGCAAAAAGGACCUUCUGUUUCAUCAUUUAUAAGAUCGAGGAGAAACAAAAGCAGGUGAUGGUUGAAAAGCUUGGAGAACCAGCAGAAACGUAUGGUGAUUUUGCAGCAUGUCUCCCUGCUGAUGAAUGUCGAUAUGCUGUCUUUGAUUUUGAUUUCAUGAUAGCAGAAAAUGUCCCAAAAAGCAGGAUCUUCUUCAUCGCAUGGGAGGUGUCCAGACAGUUGAUUUGCUAGAUGGGAGUAUAUCUGGAGUGCUAUUGGAGGAGCUCUUUCAAAGAGAUGGAGUAGGGAUUAUGGUGGCUAGUGAUCUUUAUGAAGGUACCAGAAUGGGAAAGCUGUUGUACCUGAAUGUGAUUUCAAAAGAAGAACCCCACAAGAAAAUAGGUGUGCCAUAAGACUUCCAAGUUGAAGGCUUAUGCAACAUAUAUUAAAGAGAACUAAAAGAAUCCUUCAAAAUAUAAGCAAGAUGGAUUCAUGAUGAAAUUGAACAAUAGGCGCGGUUCUAAUAUAUGGCCACGAGGAAGAAGUAAAUCAAAUUGUAUGUGAUUUUUUAUGUGCUCUGUUAUUUGACACAAGAAAUUUUAGUGAGGCAUUCACUAGAUUUUAAUGUUUCGAAGGGACGAUGCAGCAUAAGUAGAAGAACAAUGCUUACCAAUGAAGAUGGUUGCAGUUCCGUUUUAACAACUGAGGCAUCUAUAGAAAAUCAUGAAACCGGUUCUACACAGGAUUUCCCUCCAAAGAUUUCCCUUUUAACAUUAUUGGUCAUCCUGCUUUGGCUGAUAAUGGAAGAAGUUCUUUGAGACAUUUACUCAUUGCUUAUGCUAGACAUGUUCUACUACAAGAUAGUAGACAUAGCGCCAACGGCGCAAAUGAUUCCCCUCUAGUUAGGAUCGUUUUAAUACACACUAAAUAUUAUAUCAAAUGUAAAUAAUUAAUUGUUGUUUCAUUCAUUUUCUAUUUUUUUUAAUAAUCUAUCUGACCUAAAAUAUUGUUAGUUACUUUCACCUAUAAUACAUAUAACCAC